AUGUCUGCUUCCCCCGAGUAUGAGGCAGGACCCAGCGUCAGCGCUGUUCCCAACGGCAUCAAGCGCAAUUCGAUCCAAGGCGGAGGGACCCAGAUCCCCACAUCGUUGCGAAAGAAGAGACGCCUGACUCUGCAUGAGACGUUCGAGGGCCCAGAUGCGCGCGAGACGCAGAAGCUGGGGCAGAGUCUGAGGGAUCUGCAGAGCAAGGUAGAGGACGAUAGAGCGAACGUCGCGAACCUCAAGAUUGACGAUUUUAUGGCUGCCUUGACUGAGCAGGAUAAAGUCUUCCAGGAUGUCAAAGACACCGCCACGGGCGCGCUCGACGCUCGCGUCUUCUCCUCCAGACUCGAACUCGUCAAUCAGUGGUCUCGGAACCAUCAUCAAAGCAGUAACUCGUUCGACACUGACGAGUUCUUCCUUCGUAUCAAGGCCCUUCUCAAUUCGAACACCCGAUUCAACGCCGACGAGGAGGAAGACGAGGAUGAGCUGGACGAGGACGAAGCGGGCGCUAGUCAGGCGGCUCAGAAGAAGAAGAACCGGGCCGGGAGGAAGGCGGAACCGAUGGGCGAUUGGGAGAGGGUGGGGUGGAUGGCGGCCAAGCUGUAUAGGCGGGUACCGGGGAUUGACUUUAUGUACGGCCCGCUCGCGCUCGAGCACAAGAAACGUGUUCUCGGCCAGCGAAAAGCAAAGGCGGAACUCGCACCCGCCGUGGUACCGACCACCAUCACCGGAGGAGGGAAGGGCGCGGGGGACAAGGAGAAGAAGGAGGAGGAUACUCCUUAUUUCGUCAUCAAGGUGUACAAGGCACUCGAAAAGGUCGACCCCCACCGCUCUGGCAUCAAUUUCUUCAAAUUUGCCAUCAACCCAAACUCAUUCAGUCAAUCCGUCGAAAACAUCUUUUACAUUUCAUUCCUGGUCAGAGAUGGGAAUGCGGGUUUGGAGGUGACGAAGGAGGGGGAAAUUAUUAUUCGGGCGAGAAAGGGGGAGGUGCCUGGUGGUAAUGGGGUUGAUGAUGAAGGAGGAGAGGGUGGACCGAGAGAAGGGGAUGCGGGGGCGGAUGGGAGUUUGCAUCAGGGGGUCAUGGAGUUUGAUAUGGAGACUUGGGAGCUGGCGAAGGCCACAUUUAACAUCACCGAAUGUAUCAUCCCUAAUAGGGCACCCAAGGAUCUCGGUAUACCACAAGGCGACCAGUGGUACUGA